AUGGGCAACGGAUGCUGCACCUGCUGUGAUCCGAAGCCGGAGUACAAGCUCGGCAAGCCUCUUGUCUCCGGCAAAGCCACCCCGUGCUUCAAUGAUGGCCGCCUCUUCAAGAUCGUCAAGGGCGAUACCUGGUACUUCUACAACGACACGCAGGACUAUCAGAAGGUGACAGCCGACUUUGGCAGUGGCUCUAACAUCGUCGCGAUGAGCGACACGGAACUCGUGCGCAAGAAUGACUCCGGCGCCUGCACCGCGACCGUGUCCGUGUUCCCGCUCGAGACCAAGGCCAUGGUGAAAGCCAAGGAGGUGAACGGCUUCAACGUAAAGUACUCCGGCAUCCCCUUCACCGAUGCGGACCGGCAGAAGCUACGUCAGAAGGCGGCGGUGCAGAUCAGCGCCGACCUCGCCGAGAUGCGCAAGCUGCGCGAGAAAAACCCGAAGGUCAACAACCAAAAUCGGCUCCUGAAGGUGGCGCGGAGAAAGGGCAAGAAGUACGUUGACACGUCCUUUCCGCCGACCUCGCAGUCGCUGAUCCGCCCUGGCAUCGACUCCGAGCCGGAUUCGUGCCUGAAGCGGCCGGAGACGAUCGCAUGGCGUCGCCCCGAAGACUUCCUGCCGAAGAAGUGGCACCCGAAAAUUCGUCUCUUCGGCAACAUCUCGCCCAAGGACAUUAGCCAGGGUCAGCUCGGGGAUUGCUACUACCUCUGCGCGCUUGCGGCGCUGGCUGAGCACGACACCGCCAUCAAGGGGAUCUUUAAGAACCACCACGGCUGCUGCAUCCGCAGCCAGGAACAGAAGCAUGGUGCGUGGCGCGUGAACCUGAACAUCAGCGGGUGGUGGCGCACCAUCAUCAUCGACUCGUACUUGCCCAGCGUGCAGCUGUUGCCGGUGUUCGCGCGCAACCGCAACCACCCGAACGAGCUGUGGGUGUCUUUCUCAGAGAAGGCCUACGCGAAGGCCUUCGGCUCGUACCAGGCGAUCGUGGCUGGAUACCCGUGGCAAGCCCUCGAGGACCUCACCGGCUUCCCGGCCUACCACUUCGGCAACAUGUGGCGGACAGCGCAGACGGACGCCAAGACACAGAAGGGGCUCUUCGACUCCCUCCACCGGUGGAACGAGAAGAAGUACUUGAUCUGUAUUUCCACCCCGUCGAAGGGCGCCCUGAAGAUGGCGAGUAAGCAGCUCCCGGCAAACCACUGUGAGGCACUGUUUGAGAAGGCCGGCCUGAGCAUCGGCCACGCGUACUCGGUGCUGGACGUGAAACACUUCCCACUGCACCACCUGUGCAUGCUGAAGAUCCGCAACCCGUGGGGGUCGCAUGUGGAGUGGACCGGGGACUGGGGCGAUGACAGUCCGCUGUGGAACCGCUACCCAUUCAUCAAGCUCGCUUGCCGUCCUCAGAAGAAGGCGGAUGGCAUCUUCUGGAUGGAGUGGCGCGAUGUGUCUAAGUUCUUCGACAGCGGCUCCGUGUGCUUCCGCCGUGGCAACUGGUUCCGUUCGUGGUAUGACUACCGCGUCCUCGGCAGCUUUGAGGACCUUGUGUGCGACACCGCGCUGCUGAUCAUCGUGAGCAAGACGUCGCAGUUUCCGGCGUACAUCUCGCUGCACCAGAAGGACUGCCGCGGGCUGGCGGCCGGCGACCCGGACAGCAAGUACGCGUGCGUGAUGAUCAGCAUAUCAGAGGGCGACGUCAACGGCUCGCAGCAGAAGGUGGUAGCAAACUCCAGCGAGAACCCGGAGGAGCCGAGCACCGAAUACCUCUUCCAGGAGUCUCGCUCUGUCUCCCUCUACUAUAAGUUCACAAAGGCCCGCAAGUACCUGGUCAUUCCGCGUCGCAUGAAAAGCAGCACCGGCAACAACGUUCCAAAGAAGAAGUACGUCAUCGCGCUCCGCACCCAGACCAAGAUAUCCAGCGAGGACGUCGUCGUGAACAUUGUGCGCCUUGACAAGAACAACGCGGUGUUCAAGAAUGUGGCCUCGUUCGACGCUGGCACGCUGACGAGCCUCACCACGCUGUACCAGAUCAAGGACGGCAACAACGUCUUUCGCACCUACCGCAGCGACAACUUGCGCAAUGGCAAGAAGCAGCACAACGCAGAGUUCGAGCUGGUGGUGUGA